UGCUCUCUCACAGUCAGUCAGAUUGGAGAUUUGGGUGUGAUUUCUCGUCAUCUGUAUUUAUCCAGAUUUAACUAAUAAUUAAAAACUAUUAAAACUAAGCAUUCCAAAACAUUCCGAAAAUGGCUUCUCAAACGCAGGGAAUCCAGCAAUUGCUCGCUGCAGAGAAGAAAGCAGCGGAGAAAGUUUCUGAAGCGAGGAAACGUAAGGCUCGUCGAUUAAAGCAGGCCAAAGAAGAGGCGCAACAGGAGAUUGAAAAAUAUCGACAAGAUCGGGAAAAGGCGUUUAAAGAAUUUGAAGCCAAGCAUAUGGGAUCCCGAGAGGAUGUAGAGGCUCGAAUUAAUGCGGAUACGACUCAGAAAAUCGAAGCUAUGAAGCAUCAAGUGGCCGCAAGCAAGGAUAAGGUUAUCGGACGAUUGCUCGAAUUCGUUUGCGAUAUUAAGCCCGAGCUUCAUCAAAACUUUCGAGCCGAUAUGUAAACCAAUUUUUUUCUCAUGAGGAACCAAGUGUGAUCUGACCAUUUAUAGUCCUUACAGAGCCUAUGUUCUUUAGAUUAAUGUAAUAAUAAUUAUAAAAGAGGGGAGUGUAUCGGUGGGUCGGUAACAUAGUGAUUUCACUUCACUAAUGUUUUCAUUCCUGUUUUGCCCGUCGAAUGACAGGCCUACAUAUAUUCUAGUAAUAAUUAUAAAGUACAAUCAUCAACAAGAAAAACGUAGACCGAUUAAAAGAAUUAGCAAUUUAAUUUAAUUAA